AUGACAUUAGUUCUGGGACUGAAGACUCUGUGGUUUCUGGCGUUCAGCUCCCUGUCCAACACGCUGGCGGUAACUAACAGUGGGAGAUGGUGGGGCAUUGUAAACAUUGCUUCCUCCUCCAACUUACUCACCGACUCCAAAUACGUCCAGCUGGUUUUGGACCCGAGUCUGCAGCUGCUAAGCCGAAAGCAACGGAAACUGAUUCGCCAGAACCCGGGCAUUCUGCACAGCAUCACCGGGGGAGUGCAGACCGCGAUCAGGGAGUGCAAGUGGCAAUUCCGCAGCCGACGCUGGAACUGUCCAACAAGCCAGAGCUCCAACAUCUUCGGCAAAAUCGUCAACCGAGGUUGCAGAGAGACCGCUUUUAUCUUCGCCCUGACCAGCGCGGCUGUAACUCACUCCGUGUCCCGCUCCUGCUCUGAAGGCUCCAUCGAGUCGUGUACCUGCGACUACCGGCGGCGGGGACCGGGCGGGCCCGACUGGCACUGGGGCGGCUGCAGCGACAACAUUGACUUCGGCCGCGUCUUCGGCCGCGAGUUUGUGGACUCGAGCGAAAGGGGCCGGGAUCUGCGCUAUCUGACCAACCUGCACAACAACGAGGCGGGCAGACUG